UAUUUUGCAAUUGAUACAAAAAUGAUAUUCUUAUAUAAAAAAAUAUAUUUUAUUAAAAUUGUUAUAAUAUUCUUUAACUUUUAUAGCAAUAGCAUGCAGUUAAAUUUCAAAUGGCCAGAAAGUCAUAUACAGUUAACUCCUUGUCAUUCGACAUAUACAAUAUUGUCAGGGAAUUAUGUGUUAGACUAUGAUUCAAAAGUAACUGGGAAUUAUCAUAAAGAUUGCACUUUUUUAGUAGAAGGUCCGCCAGGAACACAAAUGCAAUUAAAUGCAACUAUUUCAAUAUUAAAUAAAACAAAUAAAGAUGAAUGUAUGGACUGGAUAAAGUUAUAUGAUUUCUAUAGCAAUACAACAUUAGUACCUUUAGGAGAAUACUGUGAAUCAAAAAAUCUAACCAACUUAUUAACAUUUUCAAACAUAAUGUACAUUGUUAUUAAUAUUUCACCAGACGAUUUAUUCCAAUUAAGUAUAAUUACUUAAGUUUGGGAAGUUUUUAAAAAUAAUAGAACUAAAUAAUAAUUUUUAAUUAAUUAUUAUUUUUGUUUUCACCAAAUUUUUGUAUUACAGUUUCAAGAAAUAAAUGUUAUUACUUAUUAUCAUUUAUAGUAUAAGAAUUAUGUAAUAUAUUCAAUGAUUAAGUUUCAUAUUAUUUUAAUUAUUUUAGGGUUAAUUAUGAUGUAACAGUAUUGUGCAAGCAGUUCACCCCCAUGUGGCAAUACCGCAUAAAAAAAAAAAAAAAA